UACGCUCCGCUCCCGACGUUCACCAUGGCUCGCUGGUCGCAGUACGACGAAGAUUCACACCGUCUACCGGAGGGCAUGACGAGGAUAGGCUAUGAUGCGGAUACGCAGAGGUAUACGUUCCGAGACAGCGACGGGUCGAUCUGGCAGGGACCAGAGGGCGCGGAGUAUGGCGAGAUGACGCGAGUGUCGGAUGGCCCACAGGGAAGCCCUGAUGAAGAUGAGGACGUCGAGCAAGGUCUACCAAGCCGUUCUGAUGGAUAUACCCAGCUAGCAACAGACGUGAACGAGCCCGUAAUUCGCGGACACGGCGUGAACACCGACGCGUACCGCAGCUUAUUCCCCUUCUUCCUCAUCAUCGCCGUCUUCCUUCUCUUCAUCUGGAAGUUCAUCCUGUCCCCCAAUAUUCAUGAGACCCCUUCAUGCCCUAAUGGCCAGAGGGAGUACAUCGUCGAGCCCGGCGACAGCUGCUACCAGAUCUCCAUCGCGCACGGUAUACCGCUUGACAAGUUCUUCGAGUUGAAUCCGAAGGUCAAGUGCGACAAGCUGUAUCCUGGCUCUGCUGUAUGCCUUCCCCAGACGCAAGACUCCUCCCCCGCAUCCACUUGAACCUGUCAUUACCUCCCCGUCUGUAUCGCUCAAGAGGACCUACCACCGGAUACCACUGUACUAUACCUAUUUAUCUGACACUUCUAGAGCAUAUAUAUUGGGUUGGACAUGGCCAA